AUGCCUAUCGAACCAUCAUCCGAAGAAGGGCAAACUGCCGGAAUCGCCAGCUCCAGCUCUAGUUCGCUGGUGACAACCACAGUGCUGAUUAUCGGGGCUGGGCCUACGGGAUUAGCAUUGGCCCAAGGUCUGAAGCAGGCCAAUAUAUCCUGCAUUGUGGUCGAGAGGGAUGGGCGUCUCGAUGCGAGAUCGCGGGAUUGGAACAUGGGCAUGCACUGGGGAGAGACAGCAUUGAAGUCUCUCGUCACCGGUGAAAUAUGGAGUCGUCUCCAAUCUGUCCAAGUUGACCCUAACCAACCGACAGCUGAAAGUGAUGAUCUGAAGUUUGUUAAUGGCGAGUCUGGAGAACUCAUCACUGCCAUUCAUGCCCAGAAAUUCUAUCGACUUCGGCGCAGUAAGCUGCGGGCCUUUCUCGCUGAAAAGCUCGAUAUUCGAUAUAACAAGUCCUUCGAAAAUAUUGCCUUCUCCUCGGGUGAUAGCCUGGCAGUUGUGCAUUUCAAUGACGGCUCUUCGAUCGCUGCAAAGCUAGUUGUCGGGGCUGACGGUUCUAGGUCAAGCGUGCGACAGCUCUUGCUUGGGACCGAUCAGGCUGCCAUUCGACGUCUUCCAUAUUGUGCAACAUUUAUUCACUCCAAAUUCACCCGCGAACAGGCACUGUUCUUGCGCUCAUUCCACCCGCUUUACAUAGCCGCCAUCCAUCCUGGUGGCUUGUUCUCGUUCCUUGGAAUGCAAGACGCUGCUGAUCCAGAGAGACCUGAGACAUGGACGUUCUUCUUCUACAUAUCAUGGUACUCCAGCCUGGAUGAGCAAGACAAAACGGCAAACUGGACGGAUGCCCAGCGCAGCGAACAAGUCAAAGAAUUUUCUCGGACGUUCACGGACCCAUUCAAGAGCGCAUUUGAGUGGGCCAGUGCUGAUUGCAAGGUGUGGUAUUUCGGCCUGCAUGAUUUCGACCCGGGAGCGGAGGGACAUCGCUGGGGCAACCUUGGUGGCCGCGUCACCCUUGCUGGCGAUUCCGCUCACACAAUGACUUACCAACUCAAUCUCGAGUACCGGCCAGUGUAUAUUAACCAGAUAUAUGUCAUUUCGAAUCAUCAAUACAAGACUGUCAUUGAAUACGUAAAGGGCAAUAAGAAACCCCAGCGGAAAAGUGACAACGAAACAAUGAAUGAGAAAGGAAGAAGCAAAAGAAGCGCACCGCUCCAAAACCGUCCGACUGGUUUCGGGAUAUAUUUCGGGAUAUAUUUAUCGUCUCCUAAGAAUCAGUUCCGGAAACCAAUUCAUCGAGUACUACCCAGGCCCAACCUGCUUGGUCGCAGCAGGUUAUUUAACAUGGUGUCAAUGAUCGCCGUGAAGCUUGGCGUGGUUUCGCGGAGUUGGCUUGAGAAAGCUCGUGUUGAACAUUGCUCCACCCUGCAGUGGCAGUUACCAAUAGAAAUGAGAUAA